AGUCCUGGGACCCUGUGCGGGCGGGGGCCCUCUUCCCACGUCGGCUGUACAGGCGAGCGCGCUCUCGGCUCCUACCCCGCGUAACCAACGGAUGAUGGGGGCUCUGGGCGCCCGGCGCGGCCUGGAGUGGCUACUGGGCCUCUACUUCCUCUUUCACGUCCCCAUCACUCUGCUGCUGGACCUGCAGGUGGUGCUGCCGCGCGAACUCUACCCGGUCGAGCUGACAAACCUGCUGAAGUGGUACAUGAAGGAGUUCAAAGACCCUCUGCUUCAGGCCCCCCCAGCGUGGUUUAAGUCCUUCCUGUUUUGCGAGCUUGUGUUCCAGCUGCCUUUCUUUCCCGUAGCGGCAUACGCCUUCUUGAGAGGAGGCCGCAGGUGGAUCCGCACCCCUGCAAUCAUCUAUUCCGUUCACACCAUGACAACGCUCAUUCCAAUCCUCUCAACGUUUCUAUUUGAUGAUUUCUCCAAAGCCAGUGGUUUCAAAGGACAAGGACCUAAGACUUUCCACGAAAGACUUACCCUUAUCUCUGUCUAUGCCCCCUACUUUCUCAUCCCUCUUAUGCUUCUGCUUUUCAUGUUGCGGAGCCCCUACUACAAGUACGAGGAGAAAAGGAAGAAAAAAUGAAUGACCGCUGUAACGACUGGCCCCAGGGGGAGAAGCCCACAGUGUGGUUUUCCUGUUGGGCCCGGUAUGAGGAAAACUGCUCAGAACCCGUCUCCAGUAGCAUUUGAAACACACCAGCAACACACAAAGAGCAAGACUCUGGCAGGAGCCACAUCAGAACCUCGCCUUCUGAGGACACUGGCGCCAACAGAUCAGUCAGCUGAGCACAGACAGAAGGUUGUGGGCUGGCUUACAGGGAAGCAGUGCCAAAUACCUCCCCGUGGCCCCAAGUUCCACUGUGAGCAGGAACAGACCAGAUCCCGGAUAAACUUCCAAGAAACGUGGUCUGCUUGGCAUGUUCAUGAUUCCCCUGACCCACAGUGCACAUGUGAUUAAAACCCUUGACUCCUGAUUCUUUGCAGCAUAUCCUUUAUCAGCAAAAUGAAGAGUGGGAUUUCUGGGGUCAUUGUUAAGUUUGAAAUUAUGCCUCUUUAAUAUGCAUUAAAAACUAUCAUGGUUUGUU